GACAAGUCUUGUGUUUUGCAUCAGCCGUCCCAAACCUGAGGAUUUCUUCUGUUGAGCUAGAGCGAAACCCUAGAUUCACAUUGAGCAGAGAUGCUGCGUGUAGCAGGGAGGAGGCUUUUCUCUGUUUCCCAGAGAUCUUCGUCUGCGACCUCCUUCGUCGUCUCCCGUGACCAUUCCCUUUCCGAUGGCGGCGGCGACUCCUCUUCAGCUCCCAGAUCCGUCCCCGCUGCUGAUCUCUCAUCUUACCACCGGAGCCUUAUCAGAGGUUUCGCUUCUCAAGUCCUUACUCAAGGAAAUGAGAUAGGUUUUGCUUCGGAAGUCCCAGCCACUGUCGAAGCUGUCAAAACACCUAACUCAAAGAUUGUCUAUGACAACCAUAACCAUGAGCGUUACCCGCCUGGUGACCCCAGCAAGCGUGCAUUCGCCUAUUUUGUCUUGUCGGGUGGGAGGUUUGUUUAUGCCUCUGUCAUCCGCCUGCUUGUUUUGAAGCUUGUUGUGAGUAUGUCCGCAAGUAAAGAUGUCCUUGCCCUUGCAUCCCUUGAGGUUGACCUAGGGAGCAUCGAACCAGGAACUACAGUUACAGUCAAGUGGCGUGGAAAGCCAGUCUUCAUCAGGCGAAGAACAGAAGAUGACAUCAAGCUGGCCAAUAGUGUGGAUAUCGGAUCCCUGAGGGACCCACAAGAAGACUCGGUUAGGGUCAAGAAUCCAGAAUGGUUAGUGGUGGUUGGAGUCUGCACUCAUCUGGGGUGCAUCCCCUUGCCUAAUGCUGGUGAUUAUGGCGGUUGGUUUUGUCCGUGUCACGGUUCACAUUAUGAUAUCUCUGGAAGAAUUAGGAAAGGUCCUGCACCAUACAACCUGGAAGUACCAACAUACAGCUUCCUGGAAGAGAAUAAGUUACUCAUUGGUUGAUUAAUAAAAGCACAGUCUGGGUCUCAAUGAUGAUCUUGACUUGGUUCUUUUUUUUUUUUUUUAAUUAAUAUUUUCGGGCAUGUAAGAGCAAGAUUGUCUUGUUUUUGCUGAAUAAUACAACUUGUGAUUUUUGUUGAACGUAUACUCGAUCUUCGUUUAUCCAUCGCUGGUGAAAGACUCUGUUCAUAGUCUGUGUUUAUUGUUUAACAUGCCUAUUUGUUCUA